AUGAAUUUGUUCAAUUACACACAUAAUUAUAUAUAUAUUAUAAAAUAUAAACAUUUUUAUCACAACCUCUUGAAUAUUGAAUUUUUUAAGCAUUUUAAAAGUAUAGAAAAAUUUGGAUUGUUAAAAAGGUUUUAUGGUACAAAAUUUAAUUCAAAAGAAUAUGAGAAAUAUGAUAGGAAUAAUAAUGAUAAAAAAUGUAUUAUAUUAAGGAAUAGUGAGGGUGUAUCCAAAGAUAUUAAAAUUAUAGAAAACGAAAAAGAAUGCGAAGAAGCAGCUGAAGAAAUUAAUAGAAGUGAAAUUAUUGCAAUUGAUUUUGAGGGGACGAAUUUGGGUAGAUAUGGAAAAGUAUGUUUAAUGCAGGUUUAUGUAGAAAAAAAAAAUUUUAAUGAACAGAGUGAUAAUAUACUCCAAAAAUAUUAUAUAUUUGAUUUACUUAAAACAUCAGUAAUAAAAAGCGCACAAAAAAUAAUUGAAAAUAAAAAAACUUUGAAAUUAAUACAUGACUGCAGAGAAGAUAGUUCUGCUUUGUAUAAUCAGUUAGGAAUAAAACUUGAAAAUGUUUAUGACACAUCGAGAGCUCAUAUACUCUUAAUGGAAAAACAAAAGAAGAAUGAUAUAUAUCAAGUUAGUUUUGCUCAACUUAUAAAUGAUUAUUUAGGUAUCAAUGAUGCUUCAUUAAGUUUUAUUAAAAAAGAGAUGUAUAAGAAUGAAAAAAUUUGGGAAACAAGACCUUUAAGUAAUAUAAGUAUAAUAUAUGCUUUAAAAAAUGUAAAAUAUUUAUACAAGUUAUACAAAAUAUUUGAUAAAUUACUUCCAAAAAAACUCGUUUUGGAAAAAUCCAAAGAUUUUGUAAAUUAUUGUUACCUUAACUAUGAAUAUAAACUACCUAAUGAUUUAGCUAAAAGGGGGAAUAUAGUGGAAGCUAUGCUUGUGAGUAAAUCUUUAUUAAAUUGUGUUUUUAAAUUGAAUAGUACUAGAAAAGGAAUGGCUUGUACUCCAUCAACGAUUGCUCAUUUUGUUGAUGUUAAGAUUGGAGAUGUUGUUUUGUGCGUAGUAAGUAAUAAAUCGAUAAAUCAGAAAAUCUUAUAUUUAUGUAAGUAUGAUGAUGUGUAUGAUUAUUGGAAUUUAAAGGAAAGACCCAGGGGGAAAUUCAAACCAUCAAUACAUGAAUGUACUACUGAUCCUAUGAUUACAUUUUGUAAUGAGGAGCAUUCAUCUUAA